UAAUUUCCAGCCUUGGCAAGUAGUACUCAGAUUUGCUGUCACAGUUUUAAUGAAUUCAGCUGUUUGUGCAUUGGCCAUGGGAGCAUCUCUCCUCCCUCCCCCUCCCUCACUCUCGCCCCUCCUCCACCUCUCUGGUGUUUCCCGAGGGACUCUAUAUAUACCGCAGACCACUCUACUCCUUCCUAUUGUUCCUCUAAGGAAACUUGCAGACAGAUGCCCCGCGGUAGCACAGUGUGUGUGGGAGAGUGCAGAGAGACAGCCACGAUAGAGACAAGUCUCAAGACAAUAGCUGGUGCUGCUGGACAGAGACGUUUACUACUACUACUACGACUACUACUACUACUGCUAGCCCAUUUCUUCUUUUCUGAGUUUUUUUGUUGUGAUUUUUUUUUUCUUCUCCACCGCUGAGUGGUGAUCUGAUGAUCUGACGGCAUGUUGCUGGUGUCACUGCUGCUGAUGGCGAUGGACUGCUGCCUUGGAGCGCCAGCCGGGAGAGAGGUGUACAGGAUGCCUCAGAGUGCUCUGAAAGCUCUAUCGGACCGGGGUACUGUGGUUCUGGAGGCGGCGUUGACCAGUGCUCUGUCGGCUCUGGAACUGGCGACGUCGGAGCGGAGUCAGGCCGAGGCAGUCUGUAGAGACUGUGUACCCUGUCUCUUUCAGGACUGCGGACAGCGCUCCGCACCCUGCUCCUCUCUGGAUGGCACAUUGGCUGAGCCCAGCUGUGACGUCAUUACCAAGGCUCAGAAAGUUCCGGAGGAGGGCGAGCGGAGCUGGGCGCUGAGCCAGGCAUGUGGGUAUUACCGCCGGCGGUGCCCGCCGGGCGAAAAGGAGAAGGAGGCUUGUGUGAGGAUCAUGGGCGAGAGCUGCAGUGCCCGCGUGCUCCAGUGUAGCCUCCUGAACACCAUGCAGAGCCUGGAGCCUGCCACACAGACACGCACACAGGCAGUGUGUGGCCAGAGGCUCUCGGUGGUGCAGAACGUGACCCAGCCCCGCUCCCGUAUUGUGGGGGGUUCCCCGGCCCUCCCUGGCAGCUGGCCCUGGCUGGUCAACCUGCAGCUGGACGGAGGGCUGAUGUGUGGAGGGGUGCUGGUGGACAGCUCCUGGGUGGUGACCGCCGCUCACUGCUUCGCUGGCAGCCGCAGUGAUAGCUACUGGACGGCUGUGGUGGGAGAGUUUGAUAUCACCAAGACCGACCCUGACGAGCAGGUGCUCAAGGUCAACCGCAUCAUCUCCCAUCCCAAGUUCAACCCCAAGACGUUUAACAACGACAUAGCGCUGGUGGAGCUGACAUCUCCGGUGGUCCUGUCGGAUCGCGUGACCCCUGUGUGUCUGCCAUCAGGUCUGGAACCGCCUACUGGCAGCCCCUGUCUGGUGGCCGGCUGGGGCUCCCUCUACGAAGAUGGUCCUUCAGCGGACGUGGUGAUGGAGGCUAAGGUUCCUCUGCUGCCCCAGAGCACCUGCAAGAGCUCCCUGGGCAAGGAGCUGGUCACCAACACCAUGCUGUGUGCCGGGUACCUCUCUGGGGGCAUCGACUCCUGCCAGGGGGAUUCUGGAGGCCCUCUGAUCUACCAGGACCGUAUAUCAGGUCGCUUCCAGCUGCACGGCAUCACGUCCUGGGGAGACGGCUGUGGGGAAAAGGGCAAACCUGGGGUCUACACACGGGUCAGCGCCUUCUCCGAUUGGAUACUCGCCGAGAUACAGAAGUCCUUUGGGAGUCGUGAGCCGACGUGCCCUGAGUUGCUGAAGACAUCGGAGCUGUCGGAGGAGCAGCAGAGGUCGGAGUUCAUCUCCCUGUGUCGCUUCUACGCCCAGACCUGCCCUCCCAGCCAGGGGAGCGCUGCCUGCAACCGCCUCGUAGAGGAGAAAUGUCGCAGCCGCUUCAAGAAGUGUCAGUUGCGUUCGUUCCUGCAGACCCUGCUGGACUUGCUCCAGAGAGCAGAGGACUAUAUCAGAGACAAGGUAGACCUGACCUUCUUCACCCAGACCCUGCCUCAACUGGUGGAACACAUCUACAGUACAGCCUUCACCGCCAAGGAGAGGGAGAGGAGGGAGAUCCCACAGGAAACAGAACAGGUAUGGGGUGCUGUCCGGUCAGGGUCAGAGGAAACUGGUCCUGGGUUGUUCCAGAAGGUAGGCCCCCUGGUGGCUGACUGGGAGAACUACCUCAGGGGCAUUGCUGUGGAGUUGGACACACAGACACACGGCUCCAAACCCCUGAGCCAAGAAGAGAGCCUUUUCCUUCAGGCAGAGGACCCCUCUCUGCAUCAGCUAGAGGGGAAGUACCAGACCAUCAUCUCAGCCUUACACUCCAAACUGGACUCCAGACCUGCUCCUCCGAUCUUGCACCUGAAUACAGACCUCCUCCAGGAAAACUCUCCCAACAUUCAUGCUGUUCCCACUGAAGAGUCGCCCUCCUCAUUCCCCCUUCAGGGGUCAGAGUCGCUCACAGCCCUCAUCAGUGAAAUCCGGAAAUUUGGGACACAGAAUGAAAUGGCGACAGAAGAUGCAGAAAUUAGUGUAACAUCGUUUGAAGAGGAUACAUUUUCAGAUCCAACACCAGUCAGUUCAAUAGAGACUACUGAUUGGCUUAACGAAGCUGUGACCGAACAGACAACCUUACAGCGCCUGUUCCCGUCUCUGUCCACCAUCGGCAGCACCAUGUCUCCCAUAGCAACGACCUUUGACUCCAGACAGACUCUACUUCCUGGUUCUCCCUCCCUCCAGCUGUCCCUCGACCACCGGAGACGCAGGAGUCUCCGCAAGAGGCAGAUCCCUGGGGUUAAAGCUUGUCCAGGAGUAGCAGAGUCCACCCAGCAAGUGAGUGGUAUCAGAGACACAUACAAGUGGAUCCUGGGCAUCCCCACCAAGAACCUCCACAUGAACUUCCAGGAGUUGCUGGUGGACCUGAGCUCUAAGAACGAACGGGGUCUGUACGAGGCUCGGGUCAGGGCGGUGGUGGGGGGUCGACCUCUGACCUUCUACAGCCUGGUGGGUCUGGAGAAUGAGUCCUUCUACCGUAGCAUGCCGCGCAUCAUUGCUCUGGCUCUGGACGCUCUCAAAACGUAAACAGUAUCAAGUUCAACAAAACGAACACACGUCAAAGACUCAGUGGCUCAGCGAAGGCAUGGUCUCGUCAGCUUGUGGUGCCGGAGACCAGAGAGGGGGAACGAACCCCGUGGGACCUAGAAACUGGCGACUUCUCAUUCAGAUGGGAGGCGAGAGGACAGGCACUGGGCAUUCUAGGAGACCUAAACAUUAGGAAUGUAACAAUUCACCAAUGCACAUCAGGUCCGGUUCAAAUGCUUAAGAUGCUGAGUGCGUCCAUGUUAUUGGUGGGCGGGGAGCCCUAACUGAUCCAAAUGACGUAUGCAUCGGUCAGAAAACCCAUUUAAAAUGUUCCAAACUGACAGUUAACUGUUUUUUACUUUAUAUAGUGUUAUUCCGGGGAAAAAAACUGCUCCUUUAGUUCAGUAGCCUAUCAGAAUUUAUCACGUAACUGCGUAUGAGUGUGAGAUAGCAACUGUGCGUACAGAGCUGGAGACAGCUGCUCGUGCCAACGAGAGGUUGCUCUAGUUGUUCUAAUGGGCUAUUCGUACAUCUGCAUUCAGAUGCUUGUAAUGGCUUUCACAAUGUCAUAUCAUAGGCAUUAUUAGUUGAGUGACAACAGAUGUAAUUUGGGUCAUUUCGGGUCAUUGUUACCAAAUGAGCUGUAGAAAGUGGUUUUUACUGGAGUUGUGUAGCCGACCGGAAUGGAUACAACUCACAUCCAACUGUUGAUUUGGGGUUUUCAAUCAUUCACAUUUCAUUUAAUUGUUCAGGUUCACUAUAAGAAAUAGUUUGGUAGUUUUGCUUUAAACAGUCAUUGUAUUUGGUCAUUUCAACAUGAACAGGGUAUGUUCAUUAAAGACAGAAAUAGUUUUGGUAGUUUUGCUUUAAACAGUCAGUGUAUUUGGUCAUUUCAACAUGAACAGGGUAUGUUCAUUAAGGACAGAAAUAGUUUUGGUAGUUUUGCUUUAAACAGUCAUUGUAUUUGGUCAUUUCAACAUGAACAGGGUAUGUUCAUUAAGGACAGAAAUAGGUUUUGCCAGCUGCGCAUGGUUGCGUUGAUUCAUUGGUCGGAAUGGAGAAGGUCUCCAUAAAACUCCAAACUGUCUAAACCGUUCCCUUUUGAGACGGGGUAAAAUACAAAGCUGCAUUAUAUAAAUUGGCUAAAUACCAUGCUAAUUUCUAAAAGAUAAAUAUUGACAUAGUACUAGCUGGAAACAUGUUUAACCUGCAAAAAUGACAAGUUAAUCAGUGGGCGAUGGUGAUGUCAGAUGUCAAAUAAAAGUGGUGGGAGAAAAAGCAUACAUUUCUCCACUCCUAAUCUGAUAGUGGGGUGGUGGAUGCUCAGUCUGCUCAGGUGUCUACACACCAUUGACACACACACACACUGAGGGCCACUCAGCUUAGAGAAGUCAUCUCAGACAGAUCCAGCACAGAGAGGCCCAGCUUCUGAGCUCCCAUCAGCAGCAGUUAUGAAUUAAAAAUGGAAAAUGAAUGUGUUCAAUGCAACGACAAAGAAGUGCAUUGAACCGAAUUGCAUCAAUUAGUUUCCCUAAUCAAACCAAAUCGCACCGACUCGUUUCAAAUUCAAAUGUAUCGUUCUUGUAUUGUACCAAUGUGUCCAAAUGCGUAUGAAAUCGCUCCGCGCAAAUGGACGCAAGUGCACACACAACACACUGCGUGACUUUGCUGGCCCACGCUGAAGAACAGACAGGAGAGUGACAUUAUACAACAUGUCAACCCACCUGAGAGCCUGACCUCUAUGUACACACAGCCCUGAAUGUAUUAGACCAUCCUGCCUAGCAACCAUUCAUGGAGAUGAGUUGUUUUUUUUUACAUGGCUGGCGUAACGCAGUGAGACAGCCAUACAAAUAGAUAGAGAACUCAUUUUUGUACCUGUGCCAUUAAAAAGGUGGAAGCCCUCAAUGCCGAUGGCCAUGCUAAAACGGGUUAUAUCCAUGUAUCUAUCUCUAUGGACGCAACCCAUUCUAAUUUAUGAGCCUGUAUAAAUAAGUUAUUCAAAAUGUCUGUUUUUCUGCAAAAGGUUGAGCCUCUUGUGAAGCAAGCAGACUGUAGGCCCCUUCAUACUGUACAUUGGUAUAUUAUUUUUCAUUGCUAUAUUUAUUUGUAUAGAGA